AUGCGUUUCUUCGCCACGUUACUCGGCUUCUAUGGCGCAACUGUCUCUGUGGUGGGACAGUUUGCGCCCGUGGUCACUGAGACGGGCGUGUCUGCGCAUCCAUUUGACAUCAAUCAAGUAUCUCUGACCAGCAGUCGUUUCAUGGCGAAUCAGAACCGUACGCUCAGUUAUCUCAAGUUUGUGGAUACCAACCGGCUGCUGUACAACUUCCGCCUGAACCACAAGCUAUCGACGAAUGGCGCAACAGCAAAUGGUGGCUGGGAUGCUCCCACGUUCCCAUUCCGCACGCAUAUGCAAGGGCACUUCCUCACAGCCUGGGCGCAAUGUUAUGCACAGCUAGGAGACACGACAUGUCGAGACCGCGCUACCAGCUUUGUAGCAGAGCUUCUCAAGUGCCAGAACAAUAACGCUGCCGCUGGAUUUGCUACUGGGUACUUGUCUGGCUUCCCAGAAUCUGAGUUCACGAAACUGGAAAGCGGCACGCUCACCAGUGGCAACGUACCGUACUACGCAAUUCACAAGACACUCGCUGGGUUGUUGGAUGUUUAUCGCUGGAUCGGUGACGCAAAUGCAAAGACGGUUCUACUCGCAUUUGCAGGCUGGGUCGACACACGGACGGCAAAGCUCAGCUACGACCAGAUGCAGAAGGUCAUGCAAACUGAGUUCGGCGGCAUGAAUGAAGUUCUCGCAGACAUCUACCACCAAACAGGCGACAAGAAAUGGCUCAACGUCGCCCAGCGUUUCGACCACGCCGCCAUAUUCGACCCCCUCGCAUCUAACCAAGACCAACUCAACGGCCUGCACGCAAACACUCAAGUUCCUAAGUGGAUCGGCGCAGCACGCGAGUACAAAGCCACCGGCAUCACCAAAUACCGCGAUAUUGCAAAGAACGCCUGGGCCUAUACCAUUAACGCACACACCUAUGCCAUCGGUGGCAACAGCCAAGCCGAGCACUUCCGCGCGCCAAACGCUAUUUCAACCUUCCUGACCAACGACACCGCCGAGGGCUGCAAUACCUACAACAUGCUGAAACUCACCCGCGAGCUCUUCACCAUGAACCCGACCGAUGCAUCGUACUUUGAUUUCUACGAGCGCGCACUCAUCAACCAUAUGCUGGGCCAGCAGAAUCCCGCCACCGACCACGGCCACAUCACUUACUUCACUUCCCUGAAUGCGGGCGGGCAUCGCGGCCUGGGACCUGCUUGGGGAGGAGGAACCUGGAGUACCGACUACGACAGCCACUGGUGCUGCCAGGGGACGGGGUUGGAAACAAAUACCAAGAUGCAGGAUAGCAUCUACUUCUACGACGACUCCUCGCUCUACGUGAAUCUUUUCACACCAAGCAAGCUCAACUGGAAAGCGAGAAGCGUUACCAUCACACAAAGCACCACGUUCCCCGCGAGCGAUACGACAACCUUGACAGUCUCGGGGAGUGGUAGCUGGGCGAUGAAAAUCCGCAUCCCGAGCUGGACUUCCGGCGCCACGAUCGCGGUAAACGGCGCGACGCAGAGCAUCACCGCGACACCGGGCUCAUACGCAACGCUCUCGCGCUCCUGGACCUCAGAGGAUGUCGUAACCAUCAAACUCCCAAUGAAACUCCGCGUUGUGCCUGCCAACGACAACAAGGCUGUCGCAGCGUUGGCGUUUGGGCCGACGGUUCUAUGCGGGAAUUAUGGGAGUUCGACGCUGAGUGCGAAUCCAAAGCUCGAUCUUGCAUCGGUGAAGAGGAGUGGGACGUCGGGACUCACGUUUACGGGGACGGCCGAUGGAAAGAGCGUGAACAUUGGACCAUUUUACGAGGCACAGGGGUUUAAUUAUGCGGUUUAUUGGGCGGUCAGUGGGACCUUGCCUGCGUAGGUAGGGAUGGGAGAAGUGCUCCGAUUGGUAGCUGUGGAUUGGAUAGUAUCCGUGAGUUGAACUAAAG